AUAUUUCAAAACUACAAAAAUUAAGAAAAGAACAAUUAAGUAAAUUAAUAAAAAAACAAUAUAAUGAAUUAGAUAAUGUAAUAAAUACUUCAAAGGGAAAAUUAGAAAAUAAUCAAUUAAAAAAGAUUGAAAAACUUAAACCUAUUAAAAAACCAAAAAGUAUUUCAUUUGAUGAAUUAAAAGAACAAAUUAAAAAUAUUGAUUUAUCAAAUGCAGAAAAAUUACUUGAUGAUAAUGAUUUACAUCAAAAUAUCAUCAAUUCAAAUUUACUAUCAAAUGAUAUUAAUGAUUUAGAAAAUUUAAGAAAUGAAAAAAUUAAAACAUUAAUAAAUAAACAAUAUAAUCAUUUUGAAGAUUCAAUAAAUUUAUUAGAAUCUGAAGAAGAUUUAGAAAGUUUAAAAAAUCAAAUAAAACAAAAGAAGAAGAAAGGUUACAAAAAAAAUAAUAGAAAAUAUGAUACAAUCAAAAAAAAUAUUGAUAAAUUUUUAACACCAGAAACACUUGAUAAAUUUAUUAUAAAAAAUAUAGAUUUUUUAAAUAAAAAAUAUUUAACUGAUGGUAGAAGUAAAAACAAAUUAAAUGAAAUCCAUAAAGAAAAAAGAAAAUCAUUAAUACAUCAGUUUAAAAAGGAAGAAAAUAAAAAAUAUAACUUUUUAAUUGAAGAUAUUAAAAAUUGUGAUGAUUCAUAUUUACUAUCAGAUGAAUAUUAUAAUAAAAUAUAUCAUAAUAUUAAAGAUUUAAAUAAAGCUUAUCUUUCUAAAGAUAAUACAAAAUCAAACUUAUAUCAAAUUAGAGAAAAAAGAAAGAUGAAUUAG